AUGUUUGACUACGACACCAUAGUUCAACUCCACGUUUUGCCCACCUCUGCAGCAUCAGGCAGCGGCAAGAAGAGGGACGAGGGGCCGGGGCAGCAGCGAGGUAGAGGUCCUGGCGCUGGGCGCAGAGUUUCCGCCCCCACAGGCCGACACCCGCAGCAAGGGGCGCCCGCUGGCAGCGCCCUGCACCAGCACGCUGCACGAGUGCAGCAGCAGCAGCAGCAGCAGCAGCAGCAGCAGCAGCAGGCUUCCAGGAGCAGCGGCAAUGCAUGGCGGCCGGAUCAUGGGGCAGCAGAUGAAGCAGAGCCUGCGCCCCGUGGCAGGCUGCCCCGCCGCGACAUGCAGUCGACGCUGGCGGAGCUGCUGGGAGGCCCACCGCAGGAGGAUGCCCAGCAGCAGCAGGCAGCCUGGAAGCGGUGGCCUGCCCAGCCUCAAAUAGCAUCGGUGCAGGGCGGUAACAAUGGCAGCGGCUGGGAUGAGCAGCAGGAGGAGCUGGCGGAGCAAGAGCUGGCUGUUCUGCUGCCGCAUCAGCUGCGCCAGAACAACCAACAAGCCCUGCCUGCCCUGGACCGCCAAGCAAUGGAUGACGCACCGCCCGCCAGCGACUUCAGCCGUCGCAACAUGGCACGGCUGGGCGGGGAAGGCAUGGCCGGCAUUUUCAAUGCAGAGUCGGCGGCGCGGGGCAGCACCCACAAGCGGGCGGCGGGCGGCAGCUUCAUGUCUGCGCUACAGGACAUAAGGGCGGGCCUGUCUGACGACCAGCGUGUGAGGCAGGCGGCGCAGCGGGAGCAGCUGAAGCGGGACCUGGAGGAGCAGAUGAGGGAGAGGAAGGAGGCGGCGGCGAGGAAGAAAGCGCAGCUGGCGGAGCUGGAGGAGCGCGAGGAGGCGCAGCUGCGGGCUUACUGGGCGCAGCAGGCACGAGGGGCUGGGGACAAGGGCAGCCCGCAGCGCGGCGGCGCCGCCAGCGGGGCCGCCGCCCAGCAGCACAACCAGACGCGGGGGGGCGCUGCCGUGGCAGCUGCAGCGGCGCCACCGUUGAGCGCCAGGGGCAGGGCAGGCAGGGCGCAGGCGGCAGGGCAGGCAGGCGCCGGGGAGCCGCUUGGGGCGGCGCUGGGCGAGGCGCGGCGAGGCGAGGCGCUGGUGCAGCCUGGCAUCACCGUGUUCCUGCCUCCCGACAAGGCAGCUGAGCGCAGGGCCCGCCAGGCCACUCACUCGUGCACAGAGGACGCAGAGGCGGUGGGGCCGCUGGCUGGCGUACCCGCCCUGCAGCCGCCUCCGACAGCCUGGCACCAUCAUCAGCAGCAGGGGGCGCCCCUGCUCACGCCUGCCCAGGCGGCUGCCAUCCUGGCGGCAGCAAACCCUGCGCUGGCGGCAGCCGGCGGGGUGCCCUUCUACCCUUAUGCACCGCCCGGGCUGCUCCCCUACCUGCCUCCGCCUGCCACCGGCGCUGCUUUUGGAGCCAGUGCCGCCCCCGGGCCCGUUGCCGGCAGCGACCCUCAGGUGCUGGCCCUGCUGCGGGAGCUGCAGCAGGAGCAGCAGCACAUGCGGCAGCAGGUGGCACAGCAGCUGGAGGCGGUGGGCCGGCUGAGCGGGGAUGCGGCGGCGGCGCGCAGCGAGCGCGACAGGGCUCGACUGGACCUGGAGCGCGUGCAGCGGCUGCUGGCCGAGCGACAGGGAGCGGCUGCCGGCGCUGCCUCCGUCUCAGGCGGCCCGGCGAGUGCGGCCGUGGCGCCCCUCCCGCUGCCGCCCAGCACCAGCGAGGGGGAUCUGAUGGCUGUGGCGACGCAUGUGCUGCCGCUGGGCGCGCACCGCAUUCCCUCGCGCCUCGGAACGCCGGCGGCCAGCGCCAGGGGCCCGCCGCAGCCGCUAGGCGUGCACCAUGCAGAGCCGCUGCACCUGCCGGCACGGCACCGCCAGCAGGCGGUGGAGCCGUGGCAGCAGCAGCAGGGGCCCAGCGCAGCGGCAGGGGCCGCCAAGCAAGGGGGCAUCAAGCAGCGCGCGGCUGGGGCAGCUGGCAGCGCGCGGCAGGGGCGGGACGGGCGGGGCAAAGCCAUGGAGCCAGCAGGAGGCAAGGUGGCAGCAAAGGGGGGGUGGCGCAUGUGA